CCACUGUCCUACAUUUCGUUACGAGCAUGAAACCAUCGGACCAACAUAUAAUCAUUGAUAAUCACGCGCACCUGUUAAACUUGUCCCGUAAGCAGGUAAUUAUCUUUCAACUCUCUGUCGAGUCAAUAUACACUUUCUUCUGAUAAGGUCCGAAUUCUGCUCUCCGCUAUUUCAGCUACAAGUUAAUGCAAUGGAAACCUUUUCUCUGCAAGCAAAGAACUAUCAAAUGAAUGAUGGCUUCAGAUAUGUUGAAGAUCACUUGUAUUGUGAGGAGAUAAGUGUUUGUGAUUUACUGAAUUCUAAAGUUUCUGAAAAUAAUAUUACGUCACCUGUUUAUGUGUACAGCAAACGACAAAUGGAAACCAAUAUUAACGAGUACAAGACAGCCAUAAAGAAAACGGGGCGCGUCAUACAGCUCAACUAUUCCGUGAAAGCCAAUAUGAAUCCCGCUAUUCUGAAGAUAAUGAAGGAUCACGGGUUAUCUCUUACGUUAGUCAGUGGUUUGGAGCUCCAGCUCGCCCUGGAACUUGGGUUCGAACCAAACACCAUUGUAUUAAACGGUAACGGGAAGUUAGAUUGGGAGGUGGAUCUAGCAUGCAGAUCGGGUGUUCUGGUUAAUGUCGAUAGCAUGUUCAACCUGCGACAAACCAUACGGGUGUGUCAAAUGAGGGGAUAUGUGGCUCAGGUGUUGCUAAGGAUCAACCCCGACAUCAAUCCGGGCGUUCAUUCUUAUGUAUCAACUGGACAUCAUACCUCCAAAUUUGGAAUCCCGAGUGAAGAACUAUAUGAUGUACUGGAAAUGGCGUCUGCAUCCGAGAACAUCCGAGUAAUUGGUCUUCAUUGUCAUAUUGGGUCCACCAUUCGGGAUGCCGAGAAGUUUAGACAUAGCACACAAACACUUGUGGAUUUGUACAGGGAAUUACGAGACCGCUUUCCCGCCAUGAAUAUUUUGAAUUUAGGAGGUGGACUGGGGAUUCCGUAUAAAGAACAGAUAGCCGUACCAGAAGAAAUCAAACAAAGAAUCAAUUAUGAAUGUGAUCAAUGUAGGGAGCCAGAGAAAGUAAAAUUAUACCAAGACCUUCUCAACCACAGGAUAACUCUUCGCUCAUUUUUUAAUAUGCUUCACUCUUACCCCGAUGGAGAAAAGUUAGCGAUGAAAUUGCGACAACACCUACCUACAGAGGUACUUGUAUCUUCCCCAGAGGAUUUGGUGAACAUUGUCAGUAACAUUUUACCAUCUGAUACCACUGCUAUAUUAGAACCCGGACGUUCAUUGGUUGGAAACUCGGCCAUUUUCUUGUCACGUGUUCUAGGAACGAAAUUCACCAAAACGAAAAAUUACAUUGUACUGGAUGGGUCGAUGACAGAGGUGAUUCGGCCAUGUUUGUAUGGAGCCUACCACCAUAUUGAUUUGGCAGAACCUAAUCACGUGAAUGCCAGUUUUCAAUCGCCCUUCCUUUGGGAUGUUGUGGGUCCAGUGUGUGAGAGCUCUGACUUCCUUGGAAAGGAUCGUCAGUUUGUGACCCCAAAUGAAGGUUGUUGUAUGGCAGUGUUUGACACAGGGGCGUAUUGUAGCAGCAUGUCAUCAAACUACAACAUGAGAGUGCGUCCAGCAGAACUUCUUGUAGAUGGCAACAAAGUUAACGUUAUUCGAAAAUGUGAAACUUUAGAAAAUUUGAUGCACUGUUAUGGUGAUUGGAAUACUGAAACUUCAUAGAACCAUUGGAUAUUGGCAAUGCUUGUAGAAGAUAAAUAAACCUCACCUGCGUGAAAUACACGUGUACAAGUUGUUGUUCUUGACUUAAAUGUCCUUUCCAUAAGUAUUCCACCGAACAAAACUACAAAAUAUGCAAUCAUCUGCACCAAUAAUCAAAUCAC